UUCAACUUCUCAUCCCUCCAAAAAAACAAGCCAUCCCAACUAUCAAAGCUAGAAAACCAAACAUAUAACACAAAUAACAUGGCUUCCUCUCCUACAAUCCUCUCUUUACUUCUCCUGUUCGUCGUCGUUUCAUUAGCCUCCGGUGUUGAGUCCAUCAUCAAUAACAACCAUCUCAAUCUUCCAUCGGAGGGCGCGUGGAGAACCGAUGAAGAGGUAAGGUCCAUCUACAUAAAAUGGUCCGCGGAGCACGGGAAAACUAACAACAACAAUAACGGUAUCAUCAACCAACAAGACGAAAGGUUCAAUAUUUUCAAAGACAACCUAAGAUUCAUCGAUCUACACAACGAGAACAACAAAAACGCUACUUACAAGCUUGGUCUCACCAAGUUCGCUGAUCUCACUAACGAUGAGUACCGGAGUUUAUACCUCGGGGCAAGAACCGAACCCGCCCGCCGCAUCGCUAAGGCCAAGAACGUUAACCGGAAAUUCUCAGCCGCAGUAAACGACGAGGCGAUACCGGAGACGGUUGAUUGGAGACAGAAAGGAGCCGUAAAUGCCAUUAAAGACCAAGGAUCUUGCGGAAGCUGUUGGGCAUUUUCGACAGCUGCAGCAGUAGAAGGUAUAAACAAGAUCGUAACAGGAGAACUUUUAUCUCUGUCCGAACAAGAACUUGUCGACUGUGACAAAUCCUACAACCAAGGCUGUAACGGCGGUUUAAUGGACUACGCUUUUCAAUUCAUCAUGAAAAACGGCGGCUUAAACACCGAGCAAGAUUAUCCUUACCGUGGAUCCAACGGGAAAUGCAAUUCUCUCUUGAAGAACUCGAGAGUUGUAACUAUUGAUGGUUACGAAGAUGUUCCUACUGAAGAUGAAACCGCGUUGAAGAGAGCAGUUUCAUACCAGCCUGUGAGUGUCGCCAUUGAAGCCGGUGGAAGAGUUUUCCAACAUUACCAAUCGGGAAUCUUCACCGGAAAGUGUGGUACGAGUUUGGAUCACGCGGUGGUCGCGGUUGGUUACGGGUCAGAGAACGGCGUUGACUAUUGGAUUGUACGAAACUCGUGGGGUACACGUUGGGGAGAGGAGGGUUACUUUAGGAUGGAGAGAAACCUGGCUCAGUCGAAAUCCGGGAAGUGUGGUAUUGCCGUCGAAGCAUCGUAUCCGGUUAAGCACAGCCCAAACCCGGUUCGUGGAACCAGCAGUGUUUGAAGUUAAAAAAUAAAAAAACAAAAGAACUCAACAAUCAAUUUGGUUUUUUUCAUAAUUGAAUUUAAUCUCAUAUGUAUAGUAUUUCAAAAGACGAAAGUAUUUGAUUCACUAUAAGGAUUUAAUCUGUAUAAAUCCCUAUGUCGAUCAAUUACUUUUCAGUCAAAGAAAGAUUGCUUUGCUUGUUUUAUGUAUUAAGGGAAAUAUAAUAAAAUGAUAUGUUUCUCAAGAAGAGCAUCGCUGGUUAAUUUUAAUUUAUCGAAGUAUGAA